AUGCGGGGACGUCUGAGGGGGAGCCCCUGCACCAGUACAGGCCGGGGCCCACCUGGCUGGAAAGUAGUUCUGCAGAGAAGACCUUGGGAUCUUGGUGGCCAACAAGCUGACCGUGAGCCAGCAAUGCACUCUUGUGGCAAAGGCGUCAGCAGCAUCCUGGGCUGCUUUAGGAAGACUUGUUGUCAGCGGGUCGAGAUCCUUCCCCUCUGCUUGGCACAGCAUUCAGCUUCUGAGUUGAUCCUAGUUGAAGAUGAAAUGACAGAUACUGAAGAUAAUGAAGAGGAGGAUUUAGGAGUCAUGGAUGAUCAACGUAGUGUAAUUCUCCAUCUCAUCUCUCAGCUCAAACUUGGCAUGGACCUUACCAGGGUAGUGCUUCCAACAUUUAUUUUGGAGAAAAGAUCCCUGCUGGAGAUGUAUGCAAAUUUCAUGGCCCAUCCAGACCUGUUUUUAUCAAUUGCAGCUGGAGCCACUCCCGAGGACAGAAUUAUCUGCUUUGUGGAGUAUUAUCUAACAGCUUUUCACGAAGGCCGAAAGGGAGCGGUUGCCAAGAAGCCCUAUAACCCUAUAAUUGGUGAAACGUUUCAUUGCUCAUGGGAUGUGCCUAAAGAUAAAGUGAAAGCAUUCAGAACUAACGGUGCCUCCAUGGUUUCGAAGGACCCAACCAAGGAGUUUGGCCAGGACCAGUCCACGUGCUACAAGCUGAGGUUUGUAGCUGAACAAGUGUCCCAUCAUCCACCGGUAUCUUGCUUUUACUGUGAGUGCAAAGAGAAGAAAAUGUGCGUGAACGCUCACGUAUGGACCAAAAGCAAGUUUAUGGGCAUGUCAAUAGGUGUUUCUAUGGUAGGUGAAGGUGUUCUUUACUUGAUGGAACAUGAAGAAGAGUAUGUUUUUACCCUGCCCAGUGCCUAUGCUCGCUCGAUACUUACCAUCCCAUGGGUGGAGCUCGGAGGGAAAGUCAACAUCAAUUGUGCCAGAACGGGCUAUUCUGCUACGGUCACGUUCCACACCAAGCCGUUCUAUGGAGGGAAAGUCCACAGGGUUACGGCCGAAGUGAAACACAAUCCCACUAACACCAUCGUAUGCAAGGCCCAGGGAGAAUGGAACGGUACGCUGGAAUUUACGUACAGCAAUGGAGAAACCAAAGUGAUUGACACAAACAAACUGCCUGUUAUCAGGAAAAAGAUCAGGCCGAUAGCAAAGCAAGGCCCGCUGGAAUCAAGGCGCCUUUGGCAGCACGUCACCAAUUCUCUGAAAGAAGGCAAUAUCGAUGCCGCAACGGAACACAAGCACCGCCUUGAAGAGAGACAGCGAGCAGAGGAGAGGCAACGUCUGGCUCUUACCACACCGUGGAAACCAAAAUAUUUUGCCAAAGAGGGUGACGGUUGGCUGUACUUGAAUCCUCUGUGGAAGACUCAUUGACGGGAUAGAGCAGUUGCCUCCUAACUUUACCUUAAAGGCAUUAAAAUGAUACAGUAUAUAACUU